AUGAGCUCCAUCGUCCAACGCCUCAUCGGCCGCUUCUUCCCCAAAAAUCAAGGUCCAACAGUCACCAUUCUCGGUUUGGAUUCCAGUGGGAAGACUACCCUCCUAUAUCUCCUCAAACUUGGCGAGAUCGUCACGACGAUCUCUACCAUUGGUUUCAACGUCGAGACUGUCGACGUCGCCCUUCCUUCUGGACAGCGCUUUCGGAUGAACGCAUGGGACAUCGGCGGAUGUGGGCGUUCUUCUCUCUUCAGCAUGAUCCUUUUUUAUGUGGAAAAUGCCGAUGGACUAAUUUGGCUCGUCGAUUGCAACGACCGUGAACGCUUCGAGGAAAGUGUCGAAGAGCUCAACAGGAUUUUAUCACGGAUGAAUCACUCUGGAGGAGCCAAGAAGAAAACAGUUCCAACCCUCAUACUUGCCAAUAAAUCCGACCUCCCCGGUGCUAUGACCCUCGACGAAGUCCGGCUCGGAUUUGCGAAAGCCAUUUCUGGGCAACUCGUCUCCGUCUUCAAGACAACCCUCGUCAACCCCUCUCCCGAGCUUAAGUCAACCGGCCUACUUGAAGCGUUCGAUUGGUUUAAACUCGCCCUCGAGAUCUCAAAGAGCGGCCCAACGUCCCCUAUUCCCUCUGCCAAGCUCGCUAAGUUUGAAGUUCAUGACCCACGCGAGGCAAGCUCACUCGCACAGAAACUUGGAUUGUGGCUGGAGAGGGCCGAAACAGAUGUAUCAUCCGAAGAGUUCCUCGAGAAGUUCCGUUCGUUCUCGUUGCCGUCAUGGGACCAUUACACGCAUAUCCGGAUCGCCUACGUCAUUCUGGCGAAGUAUGGGCGUAAAGAAGGCAUGUGCCGUUCUCCGCGUCCCAUUUGGAGGAAACUCAAUGAUUUUCUCCGAAUAGGCAAGGAUAUGAUCUUCAAAGGUCUCGAGGAAUACAUCAAGAACAGCACUCAAACUCGCGGCCGCACAUUUCACGUCUCCAUGACCUACUUCUGGAUCCAAAUCGUCCACUUUGGGAUUUCCAACAUGCCCCCCUCGACCAAAUCUUCAGUCGAUUCUCUACCAAACCCUGGUGAUGACUUUGCUCAUUUCCUUCUCAUCAACCCGCACGUCGUCGAUGGGAAUUUUUGGGCCGACUACUACACCAAGGAAGUAUUGAUGAGCCAGAAGGCGAAAGAAGAGAUGGUGCUGCCGGACAAGAAGCUGCUUCCUAGUCUCAUCAUCAGAGAUGCUAUAAAGAACUUUGGGGCAUAA